AUGGCGAACAUUGAGGAAACUGUAGAGAAACCCAGGAGUAAAAAGAUAUUUCUUAAUCGUCUAGAUAGCUUUCAGGGCAGAAAUAUUGGCAGAUAUCUCUCUCGGUGUGUGAUUGGUGCCAGCUUGGAAUCACCAGAAGAGGAUGACGACAUAAAGUCUGUAAGCAGCUCUAUAGAAGGAAAAACAAAGGAGGGUUGCUAUGAAAUAGUCGGUACAGUAAAAAACACAGAGAAAGCAAAAUCAGACUUCGCAAAAGAGAUAAUACAAGCCACCUCCACCAACCCCAAAUCUUUGUUCUCUGAUUGUUCAAUUAUCGUUUUUUUUUCCUUUUUAGAUGAGGUUGCCAACCCUACUCUUAAAAUGCACUCUGACCUUGAGACAAUUGAAAAGUCAAAGACAUUCAUUCUCAUCUCAACCUGUAUGACCUGGGCCAAAAGCAAAACAUUGGAUCCA